AGCCCCGUUGUAGCGCCGUCCGCAAGAAUUUCCCGAAUAUCUCCUUUGUCACGUGACACUGGGAUGUCGGACACCGCGGCGUUGGUGAACGCCUCAUUGGGCAGAGGCAGGACAGCGGGACAGUUUGGAGGAAGAGGAGGACCGCACUCCGAUUCACUCACUUUUACACUCACAGCGGUUCUGUUAAUGCAGCCGGAGCCACAAUGGCCGGACUAGGUGGCUCCCCGGAAAUGAGGAUGCAGAAGACUUAUGUUGAUGCGCACAACCCCAGAGGCGGCCAUGACAGUUUCUUUGGAGUUCGGGUGCAGGUUCAAGGGAUUAAAGGUCAGCCCUUUGUAGUUCUGAACAGUUCUGGUGAAGAAAGCCACAGAGACGUAUCAGUCAUCACUCACCAGACUGGCUACAAACCGGGCAUGGUGAAGAGGUCCGUGGAUGGGACUAGCUCCUUGUCCGAGUUUCAUUACCAGAAACACCCAGAGAUCCUGAGACCGUACGACCCCAGAAGCAACAACCUCAACCAUCUCAACCCUUCGCAAACCCUUCCCGGGAAAACAGGGGAUCGGACCAAAGCCCGGAUUCCGCUUCCAGCCGAAGGCCCGACAGACGACCAGAACACGCCUCCUUCGGACGGACACCUCCCUGCAAGGUCCCCAAACUCAGUGGACUCUGAACCCUUCAUGUCUGUAGGCAAGCUAAUCACCCAGUUCAACAGUAGCCAGCGUAGAGGAAGGGGCGGCCCCAGAAGUCGUCUGGACCCAGAAGAAACGCGACGGUCACGUAGCGUGGACAGCGGCCGAGCUUCCGACUCGUCUUCCUCUUCAUCCAGCAGGACGUCGUCUCUGAAGGGGGGAAGCAGCGGUGUGACCUCUGGCGAGGUGUAUCCUCCGGGGUCAGCCAGGGCUCGGCUGCUGGGUGGAGAGGCCAACAAGAGAGAAGAGAACAAACCCGGCAUACAGUUUAAAGAUCAUCAUGGGAUUGACAUGGCAGCAAAAGUACUUCACAGAACGAAGGAAUCGUCGCAGAGCACUUGCAUAGAUGGAGCAAAGGAAAGAGACGCUCAGGUCACUCCUGAUCUUCUGAAAGGACAGCAGGUAUCGGUCGACCCGAAUGAAGACGCAGCGAAGCAAAUGCUCUUCACCUACCUCAAGGAAGGGACGACUGACGAAGUCUCCGUCACCCGGAGGAAAGUCAACCUUCUGCUUGAAAGGAUCAACAGACUGAAGUGGAAAACGGCUGAGAAUGUGGAGGAGGAGGAUCGGACAGUAGAGAUGAAGCAGCUGCUGGAGAAACAGGAAGCACUGCAGUCACAAGUGUAUGACUUGACGCGGAAAUUGGAAACCGAGAUGAAGAAUGAAAAGACACUUGCCAAAGCCUGUGAGAAGGCCCGGAUGGAGAAGAAGAAGCUGCAGGAAGAGUUGGCCAAGAAUCAGGCCGAGGUCACCAACCUCAGAAACAAACUGAUGGAAAUCGAGUCGCAACUUAAGUCGACCAAAGACGAGUUGACUCAGAUGAUUGCAGACAGGGAGCGUUCUAAAAUGCAGAUGAAGGACCUCCAGCAGCAGCUCUCCGAGAUGCACGAUGAACUGGACCAAUCCAAGAAGGCAGAAAUGAUAAAUGCGGAGAAAGAAGUCCUUCUGAAGGUAAGGUUUCUGUCUCCCAAUUCUACACAAGCAGCUCAACCGGACAAGCCGAUAGGAGAUGCGGCCUUUGGUUUUCCUGUUGUUUGUUUGCUCGAAAAGAGGGAAAAACAGCAGUUGGAGGAAGCACUGCAGGAUGUGAGGAGAAAUGAAGAGGAAAUGUGUCAGUCCAACCGCUCGCUGUUGGCUCGUCUGGAGGAAGUGCGUAAAAAAAAAAAAAAAAAGCGGAAACAAACUGAGGAGUUGUGGAAGAGCAAAAGUGAGCUGGAGGAUGAGAGAAGGCUGCAGGACAGGACAGUCGAACAACUUCAGAGAAAGAUGAAUAGCAUCAUGGAGGACUGCGAGGCAUCUACAGAUGUUCUUCAGAGCCAAGUCGACGAGGCCAAAGAGAAGAGUCAGAGGGAGUUGGCCGAGCUGCGCAGACAGCUGCAGGAAAAAGGAGCUGAGCUGGAGAAAUCCCGACUAGCAGCCAAAAAGCUUCAGGAUGAGCUGCUUCCUCUGGAGGAAGAUCUGCGGAGGUGUCACAGGGAGCAUCAGGAGGCCCAGUCCAAGGCCGGGCAGCUGGAGCAAAGAGUGGAUGAGCUGGAGGAGAGGAACGCCACCACGGUGGAGGAGCGCGAGCGGCAUGUCAAACUCCUAGAGGGCCGCAUCGGUCAGCUAGAGGAAGACGUGAACGAUGAGCGCAGCACUGCUGACCGCCUGAUGGAGCGAUUAGACAAAACCAAAGAGCAGGUGGAUCAGAUGAGGAGUGAGUUGAUGCAGGAAAGAGCAGUCAGGCAAGACCUGGAGUGUGACAACACAAGUCUGGAAAGACAGAAUAAAGACCUGAAGAGCAGAGUGACUCAUUUAGAAGGAUCACAGAGGACCAACCAAGACUCUCUCAUUUCCAAACUCAAUAGUCGCAUCCAAGAACUUGAGGAGCGGUUGCAAGGGGAGGAAAGGGACAACAACAAUUUGCAGCAAGCCAACCGCAAACUGGAGCGCAAGGUGAAGGAGAUGAAGAUGCAGGCCGACGAGGAUCACGCCAACCUGCAGACGCACAGGGACCAGUUGACUCAGAGACUGAAGACGGCCAAGAGGCAGAUGGACGAGGCCGAGGAGGAGAUCGAGCGCCUGGAGCACGCCAAGAAGAAGCUGCAGAGAGAGCUGGAGGAGCAGCUCGAGGCCAACGAGCAUCUUCACGGCCAAAUUGACACCAUGAGGAAAGACAUGAGGCGCAAACGGAAAUCGGCUCCUGUCAUUAAAGUGGCGGAGGAUGGCGACGGCCUGGAUGACACUGGUUCGGAUUAACUGGAUAAAAUAAUUCACAUCACGUUUGGACGUUUUUUUUUUCCCAGUAAUUCCAGUAACAACUCCUUUUACCCUGGCAUUGUGUUCACACUGACCUCUAGUGGCGAUGUUGUUAACUACGUCAUGUGGCAACAAAAGCCAUAGUGCUCACGAUGUGGACUACAGCAUUAACAAAUACUGUACCAGCGAUCAUCUUUCUAUUGCAGGGUUCUCAAAUUUAGCACAAACUCAAUCCCGUCAAACACAUUUGGGAUGAAUUAAACUAGAAAUUAUGAGCAAAGCCUUUUCUCAGGUCCAAUAUCAGUGAUUUCACAAAUGUUCCUCAGUGGUUCUUAACCUUGUUAGAGGUACCGAACCCAGCCAGUUCAUAUGCACAUUCAUCGAACCCUUCAUUUGUAAAACUGAAAAAUGUGAUUUUU